UCCUCUCCCGAUCACAGAGGAGGCGGAAGUGCUGCUGGGUGGAGGAAGAUGGCGGACGCUGAUUACGAGUCGGUUCUGUGUGUGAAGCCGGAAGUGCACGUCUACCGGAUACCGCCCCGGGCUUCCAACCGGGGAUACCGGGCGGCGGAAUGGCAGCUCGACCAACCGUCCUGGAGCGGGCGCCUCCGGGUCACCUCCCGGGGCAAGGCGGCCUUCAUCAAGCUGGAGGACCGGACUACCGGUGAACUCUUCGCUCAGUCCUCGGUGGAUCAGUUUCCCGGCAUCGCGGUGGAAAGCGUCACAGACUCCAGCCGAUAUUUUGUGAUCUGCAUCGAGGACGGGAACGGGAGACGGGCGUUCAUCGGGGUCGGGUUUGCAGACCGAGGAGACGCCUUCGACUUUAACGUCGCCCUGCAGGAUCACUUCAAAUGGGUGAAGCAACAGACAGAGUUUGCUAAACAGGCGCAGAACCCGGACCCCGGACCCAAGCUGGACCUGGGAUUCAAGGAGGGACAGACCAUCAAGAUUAAUAUAGCGAAUAUAAAGAAGAAGGAAGGCCCCGCUGCUAAACCGCGACCUCUCAGCGCCGGACCCAAUCUCCUCCCCCCGCCGCCAGGAUCCAAAACUCCCACUCAGCACAGCACUCCACAGCCAGCUGCUGAUGCAGGAAUGCUCUUUGACCUGGGAGGAUUCUCAUCUGAGCCAGCGGCUUCUACAGCGGCUUCUACCGACACCUGGGGAGACUUCACUACGGCAUCCAGCUCAAACAACAACAAUGGUCAGUCCAGCACUGGGUGGGUCCAGUUCUAAUGGACACGUUGGUGGAACAUCGGAUCUCCAGGAAGGCGGUUCCCGGGGGGGGGGGGGGGGGGGGGGGCGGGGGGCGUGUGGCAGCAGCUGCUUGUGAUUUCCUCAAUGAUCUGUCUGCGCCGGAGCCGCCUCUUGUGCCUUUGACUUGUUCAUGUUUGGAGGGAUUUGGGUCUACAUUGCUGCGGGAGGAUGGGGUGAGGCUCCUCGGGGGCUGGACUCUGAUGAAGGUGACUGUUAGUGGUAGGGGGGGGGCGGGGUGUUGUCUCCUAUAAUAACGCUGCUUCUGUCCCAACUGGACCACACUAUCUGUUAAGGCCUACAGACGCCUCACCCGGUGUCCCUCAUUCGGAGGGCCCAUCAUACAGGACCAGCACAGACCAGGGGCCAACUUAUGAUGGGAUAGGUUCUUAUCGGCAGGUGCCUGGCUCCCUCCUCCCUCCCUCCUUCCUCCCUCCUCCCUCCUCCUCCUCCUCCUCCUCCUCCUCC